AUGGCACACAGGAUUGACACCUGUUAUACCAAUUGGUGGCACAACCUCUUGUUUUUGCAUAACUUUAUUGACUCCAAGAAUAUGUGCAUCGGGACCACUUGGUUCUUGUCGGUGGACAUGCAGUUCCACGUGUUGUCAUUCGUGGUGAUUGUGGCCAUUCUCAAGAAACCCAGUUAUGGUCUGAUUAUCAACUUUGCGCUCAUAUUGGCCUCAAUUUUGAUCGUCUCUUCGCUCAUAUUUGUGAUGGAUUUUACUCCUGGACGCGUCAGCACUCAAUUU